AUGACGAAUUGGCCCAAGAGACUUGCUGGUAUGUGUGAGAACCAUUCCUGUCCAACAAACAAAACAUGUGUGAUUGAAAAACGGGGUUCAAACGAAUUCACUAAUUGCACAGAUGACACAUCUCCACUAGACAAGGGGUACACAAAGGCGCCAAUAUUACCGUUCUUCUACAAAACAUACACUGCAAAAAAGAACUAUGUCGAUGCCAGCAAGACGUGCCAGGACGAAGGAGCACGGCUCAUAGAACCUGACACAGAGGAGAAGAACACCUUCAUCCGUGGUAUCAUAGAUGAACAGAACAUGGAUAACGUAUUUUUCGGAUUGACAGAUUUUCAGGACAUUGGAGACUAUCGGUGGACCUCUAACAAUUCUACGCUUACAUUUAACGACUGGGAAGAUAAUGAACCGCAGCUUGGUAUUGGAGAAUUCUGCGCCGCUUUCUAUAAAGGCUUGGCCUGGCAAUGGAUUAACAUUUUUUGCCACUGGAAACUGCAAUUCAUGUGCGAGAUAACAUUUGCAUAAUACAUUAAUACUGAAGACAUCGUUGUAUGUAUGUAUGUAUGUAUGUGUAUAUGUAUGUAUAUAUAUAUAUAUAAGGGGUUGCAUGUUAAUAUAUAUUACAUACAAAUAUAUAUCACACAU